AAACCUGUGUUGGAACGUCCUUGUUUCAGGUUGGCAAACAAACAGGACAAAAUGAACGCGUUGCUGGGAAGUGAGCUGAUUGAGACUCUGUCUCUUGAAAAGCUGGUCAAUCAGAGCCGCUCUCUGUGCCAUAUUGAGCCUUGUUCAGCCUUAAUGGACUUGCGGCGCUGGUCGGACAGAAAGACCCUGCGAGGACUUCGCUGGCUGCUGCGUGCUGUGUAUCUGGAUUAUGCUGAGCUGUGUAUCCGCGUAGCCCACGACAGCAAGAGGCCUCUGGAGACGAGAGAGAGGGAGAAGAAUGGAAAAACAAAGAAAACACGCAGGAAAACCAGGGCAGAGCAAAUGCAGUCCAGCAAGUCAGAUCUUCGUCAGGUUCAUCGGCCAAAAGACAAGGAGAAAACGAGCAAGGGCGAAGGAAAGCUGCAACCCAUUCGGAACAUGCUGCAAAAGGAGUCGACAAUUAAAAAGAAGCUGAAGUCAAAGAGGAAGAACAAGCCAGUUAAGGACAAAGGAGGUGAAAAAGAUCAAGAUGAAGCAAAUGAACAGAGGGAGGAAGAGGAGGGUGACAGUAAUGAAGGAGACCAGGACAACUCUGGUCAGCAAGCCAGCAGUGCCCUGAUCCCCCCCAAAAAGGGCAAAAUGAACCGCAAACCAAAAGUGAAAAAAGAGACCGUGGACACGCCAGAGUCUCUGGACAACGACGAGAAGCCACUCAAAGCCAAAGGGGAAAAGAGGAAGAAGAGGAAAGUUGUGAAAGUGAAAAGGAAGAAUAAGAUCAACACAGAGGAGAUGCCGAGAGCUUACUCUCAACCCGUGGACCUCUCUGCAACCUUUGAUCUUUACCGGAAAGCCAUACUUGCCCUGAAGGAACGUCAGGAACAGAGGCAGUGAGACCUGGUUGUGUGUCCUGGCACCUGAGAGUGAGGAUGUGGUCCACAGUCUCCACCAGACACCAUCACAUCAGACCUGAUCCCUGAACCUUUGUGAAUCUUCAGGUUCCAGUGUGUAGUAAAGGACAGGCCUGUAAUGAUAAUUUUUUUUUUAUAUAUUAUUACUACAAAAUGUCUAAAAUCAUAAAAAUGUAUGUGAGUGCUUGGCCAAAAUGUUAAAGGAGGUCUUGUUUAUAUAAAUGUAUGACAGUUUAAUUGUAAGGGAAACAUGAUUUUUAAACAGAAUCCUUUUUUUAAUGAGUAAUGAAGUAAUGAACAAUAGCAAGAGAGGAUGUUGUCAAAAUGAUGAACAAAUAUUUAAAAAUUGUAUUAAUAAAAAAUGUUUCCACUAUCCUUUCAUGGCACAUCUUUCACAUUUACACUAUACCCAAAGC